GUUUUUAGGGGGUUAGUUUUGUGAGAGAUGGAGGGGGUGAGUGAGGACGAUCUGUGCUGGCUGCAGCUGGAUGAUUUCAGGAUGCUGCUCAUCAAAACCAUCGAGCCGUCCAGGAUCACCCCGUACCUCCGCCAGUGCCAGGUGAUCAGUGCUGAGGAUGAGGAGCAGCUCUUCAACGACCCCGGCCUCGUCAUCAGGAGGAGGAAAGUCGGAGCCCUGCUGGACAUCCUGCAGAGGACCGGGGUCAAAGGUUACACAGCGUUCCUGGAGAGUCUGGAGCUGGACUACCCUCAGCUGUACAGCCGCAUCACAGGGAAGGAGCCCAACAAGACCUUCAGCAUCCUCAUCGAUACAGCAGGUGAAUCAGGUCUGACCCAGUUCUUGAUGUCGGAGCUCAGCCGCCUGCAGAGGGCGCUGCAGGAGGAGAGGAGGCGCCGCCAACAGGCCUGCUCCGUCGCCAAGGAACAGGAGGUGUGGUCCCAGCAGCAGCAGCUGAGGGACCGGGAGCUGAGGAAGCUGACUGAGCGCGUGCAGAAGCUGCGGGAGGAGCGCGAGCAGCUGAGCGAGGAGGUGAAGCAGCUCCGAGAUCACAACUACAGCCUGAUGGUGGACAUCAACACCCUGGGGGGGGAGAAGAGCACCGCCCUGCUGGCCAACAGAGACAUGCAGAUAGAGGUGGAGCGUCUGAAACACACCGUGAGACUGCUGAGACGACGGACACUGAGGCCACUGCAGGAGAGCAGGAGUCUGGUUCUGCCCAGAGAGAACUUCUCCCCCCUCAACAGACUGGAGGAGAAGAAAGAGACGCAGGAAGAGAAAAAGGAGGAUAAAAAGGAGGAUAAAAAGGAGGAUAAAAAGGAGGAUAAAAAGGAGGAUAAAAAGGAGGAUAAAAAGGAGGAGACGCAGCAGAAAGAGAGUCCAGUUCAGAUGAACCUCCUGACGUCAGUGUUUAAACUGAGGAGAGACCUGCACCGAGCCGAGGAGCAGAGAGACAGGAUGUUGCCGGGUGUAAACAGUCUCUCCUGGGUGCGUUUGUUUCAGAGCAUGGAGGAGAAGGAGGAGUUGCAGCUGCUGUGUGCUCAGCUGAAGGGAGACGCCCGGAUGUACCGCCAACGAAACAAACAAACCCUCCGACAGCUGGAGGAGGUGAUCCGAGAGAGAGACAAGGCUCUGGCGUCGCGGGCGGAGCAGCAGGAGGAGGCGCGGCUGCUCCUGCAGGAGAAGGACCAGUACCGGGAGGCGGUCCGACAGCUGACGGAGCGAUCUGAUAGGCUGGAGCUGCUGCUGCUCAGCUCACAGGGGGAGGAGCUACAGCUGAGGACACGCCUCCGCAGACUCACCUUCAACACACACCACUGUGAGAGGAGCAGUGAGGAAGAGGAGGAGCCAGCAGAGAGCGCUGCUAAAGGCAGCAGUGAGGAGGUGCCCAGCGGGACAUCGGGGGAUAACGAGGAGGUGGCAGCGCUGCAGGACCAGGACUCUCCUGGAGGAGGCGCCACAGAGUCUGAACACAGGCCCAGCACUGAUGCAUCAUGGGAUGAGAAGACAGACAGCUGUCUACCCUUCAGGAGUCGACCUAACUUCUUCUACCGCAGGAAGCGCGCCCUCAGAUCGAAGUUUACCUGCAGGGACUUCAACUCCGGUAACCACGACGACAGCAGCGGCAGUGACAUCACCGACGACUCUGACUGAAGACGCGCUGCCUUCAAAAUAAGAGUCUCAAAGACAGUUCCUGCUGUUUAUACAGUGGUUUCAGUUCGGGUUCCUCCAGUCAGCUGUGUGUUUAUAAACGGUUUCUGAUUGGUUCUGAACAUCAAGCCUGUGUUUCAACUGAGAAAAU